CUGCCUCGGCCCUGUCUUCCUUCGUCCCGGCGCGGCCCGCGGACGUAACCCCAUGCCCGCUCACGGCCGCCCGCCGGCAGCGGCUGACGCCUGCGGAGCAGCGACGCGCGGGGCCCGGGGAGGCGAUGGCUGCGGAUCUGGUGGUGCUGCUCUGCCUGGCCGCCGCUGCGGCCGCCGUGGAAGAGACCUUGAUGGACACGAGGACGGCGACGGCCGAGCUGGGCUGGACUGCCAACCCUCCUUCAGGGUGGGAAGAGGUCAGCGGCUACGACGAGAACCUGAACACCAUCCGCACCUACCAGGUGUGCAACGUCUUCGAGCCCAACCAGAACAACUGGCUGCUGACCACCUUCAUCGGGCGGCGCGGCGCCCACCGCGUCUACGCCGAGCUGCGCUUCACCGUGCGCGACUGCAGCAGCCUGCCCAACGUGCCCGGCUCCUGCAAGGAGACCUUCAACCUCUACUACUACGAGACCGACGCCGUCGUGGCCACCAAGCAGGCCGCCUUCUGGACCGAGGCUCCCUACCUGAAGGUGGACACCAUCGCCGCUGACGAGAGCUUCUCCCAGGUGGACUUCGGGGGCAGGCUGAUGAAGGUGAACACGGAGGUGCGGAGCUUCGGGCCCCUGACCCGCAGCGGCUUCUACCUGGCCUUCCAGGACUACGGGGCCUGCAUGUCGCUGCUCUCCGUCAGGGUCUUCUUCAAGAAGUGCCCCAGCGUGGUGCAGAACUUUGCCAUCUUCCCGGAGACCAUGACGGGCGCCGAGAGCACCUCGCUGGUGACGGCGCGCGGCACCUGCAUCGCGCACGCCGAGGAGGUGGACGUGCCCAUCAAGCUCUACUGCAACGGCGACGGCGAGUGGAUGGUGCCCAUCGGGCGCUGCACCUGCCGGCCCGGCUACGAGCCCGAGAACAACGUGGCCUGCAGAGCCUGCCCCGUGGGGACGUUCAAGGCCAGGCAGGGCACAGGGCUGUGCGCCCCCUGCCCCCCCAACAGCCGCUCCGCCGCCGAGGCUGCGCCGCUCUGCAGCUGCCGCAACGGCUUCUACCGGGCGGACCUGGACCCCCCGGCAGCUGCCUGCACCAGCGUCCCCUCGGGCCCGCGGAACGUGAUCUCGCUGGUGAACGAGACCUCCAUCAUCCUGGAGUGGCACCCGCCGCGGGACACGGGCGGCCGCGACGACCUGCGCUACAACAUCGUCUGCAGGAAGUGCGGCGCCGACGGCCGCGCCUGUGCCCGCUGCGACGACAACGUGGCCUUCGUGCCGCGCCAGCUGGGGCUCACCGGCACCCGCGUCCUCAUCAGCAGCCUCUGGGCGCACACCCCCUACACCUUCGAGAUCCAGGCCGUCAACGGCGUCUCCAGCAAGAGCCCCUUCCCCCCGCAGCACGUCUCUGUCAACAUCACCACCAACCAAGCCGCGCCCUCCACCGUGCCCAUCAUGCACCAGGUGAGUGCCACCAUGAGGAGCAUCACUCUGUCCUGGCCCCAGCCCGAGCAGCCCAACGGCAUCAUCCUGGACUACGAGCUGCGCUACUACGAGAAGCUGAGCCGCAUCUGCACGCCCGACGGCGCCAGCCCCGUGGGCUCCCGGCCCGCCGCGGACCACAACGAGUACAACUCGUCCCUGGCACGCAGCCAGACCAACACGGCGCGGCUGGAGGGGCUGCGGCCUGGCAUGGUGUACGUGGUGCAGGUGCGGGCACGGACCGUGGCUGGCUACGGCAAGUACAGCGGCAAGAUGUGCUUCCAGACCCUCAGCGACGAUGACUACAAGUCAGAGCUGAGGGAGCAGCUGCCUUUGAUUGCAGGCUCUGCAGCAGCUGGGGUGGUCUUCAUCGUCUCCCUGGUGGCCAUCUCCAUCGUCUGCAGCAGGAAGCGUGCCUACAGCAAGGAGGCUGUGUACAGUGACAAGCUGCAGCACUACAGCACCGGCAGAGGGUCUCCAGGCAUGAAGAUCUACAUCGACCCCUUCACCUAUGAGGACCCCAACGAGGCGGUGCGGGAGUUCGCCAAGGAGAUCGAUGUCUCCUUCGUGAAGAUUGAGGAGGUCAUUGGGGCAGGGGAGUUCGGGGAGGUGUACAAGGGGCGGCUGCGGCUGCCCGGCAAGCGGGAGCUGGCGGUGGCCAUCAAGACGCUGAAGGCCGGGUACUCGGAGCGGCAGCGCAGGGACUUCCUGAGCGAGGCCAGCAUCAUGGGGCAGUUCGACCACCCCAACAUCAUCCGCCUGGAGGGCGUGGUCACCAAGAGCCGCCCCGUCAUGAUCGUCACCGAGUUCAUGGAGAACGGCGCCCUCGACUCCUUCCUGAGGCAAAACGACGGGCAGUUCACGGUGAUCCAGCUGGUGGGCAUGCUGCGGGGCAUCGCCGCGGGCAUGAAGUACCUGGCCGAGAUGAACUACGUGCACCGGGACCUGGCCGCCAGGAACAUCCUGGUGAACAGCAACCUGGUCUGCAAGGUCUCCGACUUCGGCCUCUCGCGCUACCUGCAGGACGACACCUCCGACCCCACCUACACCAGCUCCCUGGGAGGGAAGAUCCCGGUGCGGUGGACAGCGCCGGAGGCCAUCGCCUACCGCAAGUUCACCUCGGCCAGCGACGUCUGGAGCUACGGCAUCGUCAUGUGGGAGGUGAUGUCCUUCGGGGAGAGACCCUACUGGGACAUGUCCAACCAGGAUGUGAUCAACGCCAUCGAGCAGGACUACCGCCUGCCGCCGCCGAUGGAGUGCCCCGCGGCGCUGCACCAGCUGAUGCUGGACUGCUGGCAGAAGGAGCGCAACGCGCGGCCGCGCUUCGGGGACAUCGUCAGCACCCUGGACAAGAUGAUUCGCAACCCGGCCAGCCUCAAGGCCCUGGCUGCCGUCACCGCUGUGCCUUCCCAGCCCCUCCUCGACCGCUCCAUCCCCGACUUCACUGCCUUCACCUCGGUGGACGACUGGCUGAGCGCUGUGAAGAUGAGCCAGUACCGGGACAGCUUCCUGGCCGCCGGCUUCACCUCCCUGCAGCUCGUCGCACAGAUCACCGCCGAAGACCUCCUGAGAAUAGGAGUGACUUUGGCUGGGCACCAGAAGAAGCUGCUGAACAGCGUGCAGUCCAUGCGGGUACAGAUGAGUCAGUCUCCCAGCUCCAUGGCCUGACUGCCCUCCUGCCACCCGCAGGGCACGGGGAGGGCACAG